AUCACACAGCCUGCACACAGGCAGCACACUCAGCCUGCACACAGGCAGCACAGAGAGCCAUCACACUCAGCCUUCACACAGAGCCAUCACUCAGCCAUCACACAAAGCCUUCACACAGAGCCAUCACUCAGCCAUCACACAGAGCCCAGCCCCAGUGAGUGCUGCAGGUAGGAGGCUCUGUGUGCAGGCAGCGCGCUGGCCAGCUCAGUCCUGCUGGAAGGACCCCUGACUCGGGUAGUUCCCGGAUGUGGGCGGUGGGCGCUCCGCACUUUCGGUGAAGCAGCGAUCGGCGGAUGACUGGAGGGGAGAGUCGCUUCUCGGGAGAAAUGUGUUUCUAUCAGAGACAGUAAGUGUCCGGGGGGGGGCGAUUACUAAUACAGGACCCCCUCUCACCGCCCGCCCAGCACUGCGGGCUACAUGGCUGCCCGGACAGCCGCUCACCGGGGGAGGCCAGGCAGGGAGCCGGGUAAGGAGCCAGGCAAGGCCCUGCUGGAGCCAGAGUCUCAAUAAAGCCCAGACUGGGGGCAGAGCAGCAACGUAGGCCUCAGCGUGCUGCCAGAACGUGCUGGGCAGCAUUAUCCAACAUGGGGAAUGCUCUUAUACUGUGUGUGUGUGUGUGUGUGUGUGUGUAUAUUAUACUGUGUGUGUAUAUUAUACUGUGUGUGUAUAUUAUUAUAGUGUGUGUGUCUCCAUAUUAUUAUUAUUAUUAUUAUUAUUGUGACAGGAAGCCCGAAAUACGAUUUAUUUCUGUCUAUUGCGGUUAAAUCACUAAACAGCAGAUAACUAAAUCUUCCAUAAUUGAAGAUCACAUAGGCUGUGACUAUAGCUAAAUUGUAUUAUUUCUCCAAGUAAGUUACUUUUCUGAUUUUUACAAAUUAACUUGCUAGAAUUCAGUUAGUGUUAAUAAAAAAAAAAUUUUUUUAAAAAUUAAAUACUGGUUGGUUUUCUAGCCUUUGGGUAAUUGUAUAGUAAAUGCUAUAUCAUGCUAGUCUGUAUUAGGGACUAAUUUUCUCAUAAUGCUCAGCAAGCUGCUAAAGUGGAAAAGGGACAAGUUAGGAUUUUGCAAAACCAAAUCGCUCAUCAUUAAAUUAACUUAAAGGAUCACUAUAGUGUCAGGAAAACUGCUAUAAUGUCCUGAGGGUGCCCCCACCCUCAGGGUCCCCCUCCCGUGGCGCUGAAGGGGUUAAAACCCCUUCAGUUACUUACCUUAUUCCAGCCCUGGUGACCUCUACUCCCCCGUCGACGUCAGCUCCCUCUGCCGACGUCAACGGAGCCGAAUGCGCGGCAAGUGCUGCGUGCGCAUUCAAAGUGUCCAUAGGAAAGCAUUUCUCAAUGCUUUCCUAUGGAGGCAUAACAUGCCUACAGCGUCGCAGAUGCUGUAUAGUGGCUGUCAAGAUGUAAACAUGCAGUUUCUCUGAAACUGCUAUGUUUGUAUGUAAAGGGUUAAAACCUGUGGGACCUGGCACCCAGACCACUUCAUUGAGCUGAAGUGGUCUGGGUCACUAUAGUGUCCCUUUAACUGAUGAGUGCAGUCCUCAAUGCACGCUAUGGAUCGACCGAUAUUGACUUUUAAAUUUUUUUAUUAGAGCUUAUAAUCUGUGAAUUUUCAGGCCGAUAAUUUACAGAUAUUCUGUACAUUUACCAUUUUGGAAAAAAAAUACUAUUUCUAAAAGUAAAUGCACAAAAUAUACAUGUCACAUGUAUGUAGUGGAUGCAGUGUGUUUUAGACAGGGGAGCGCUGUGUGUGUGUGUGUGUGUGUGUGUGUGUGUGUGUAUAUAUAUUGAAUGCAGUGUGUGUAGUAAAUGCACUGAGUGUUUAUGUAGUGAAUGUAGUGUGUAUAUAAUGUUCUUACUUGGCCAUGGAGGGGGGAUAUGUCAUUGUCUGGUUGCAGGAAUGUGCAGAGGGGGCCCAGUAGGCUCCUACAUACCUUCCCAACAGCUCCCCUGUCUAAAUCUUGUGGCCUGUGUGCCCCCCCGGAGCAUUGCCAUGGUAACCCGUGGCAACUUUCUUCCGGCCACGGGACUCGUGAGAUUUACACAGGGUAGCUAAAGGGAGCUGCUGGGAAGGUAAGUAAGAGCUUGCUGGGUCCCCCAGGACCGCCAGGCUUGUCAUGGGCCCGGCGGUCCUGGUAUGUAUUAUUGGCAAUAUCUGUAUCGCUACAGGCCGAUACCGAUAUUGCCGAAUAUCGGCCAAUAAUAUCAGCCAGACUGAUAGUCGGUCGAUUCCUAAUGCACGCAUAUGUCAAACACUACUAAAGUAACAUAGAAACAUAGAAUGUGACGGCAGAUAAGAACCAUUCGGCCCAUCUAGUCUGCCCAAUUUUCUAAAUACUUUCAUUAGUCCUUAUCCUUAUCUUAUUCUUAGGAUAGCCUUAUGCCUAUCCCACGCAUGCUUAAACUCCUUUACUGUGUUAACCUCUACCACUUCAGCUGGAAGGCUAUUCCAUGCAUCCACUACCCUCUCAGUAAAGUAAUACUUCCUGAUAUUAUUUUUAAACUUUGUCCCUCUAAUUUAAGACUAUGUCCUCUUGUUGUGGUGAAGUAAUGACCACACAUGCACCUAUACAGCAUUUCUGAGUGUUCAUGAGUGCGUGGGAUGCAUCUUGGGGUGGUGAAGUCACUCCCAAUUCAGAAGUGCAAAUACGAAGUACAUGAGCUGCUUUAUUCCCUUUUGUAAGCACAACAAUAGCGUUUACAUGGAACUGUCACUCCAGAGUAGAGACCGUGCUGCUUUAUCUGCCGUACUCUGGUUUUUUAUUUUUCAUAAUGCUUUAUCAGUUGUGUGGUACCAACAUAAUCACACCCUUUUGAGUUUUUAUUAGACCCUGUGCAGCAUGCUGUUUCUUUACAAAUGGAUACAUUUGGUGCUUAUCUGUGGGGGAAAAUUGAACUUACUUAAGUAUAUAUAUAUAAAAGCUUACUGGGGAUUCUUUCAUGAAGUAAAAAAGGUACUUUUAUUUACUGUUUAUCCAUUGUCGUACUGGUCUCCAACCUGCCAGUCCCACCUCCUUGGCAGAGAUCCUUAUGCUUGAUAAUCACAGCCUAUCUAUUGUUUCCUCAUAGGAAACCAUUUUGGAGGCAACUACGCAUGCACAGCAGUCAACAACUCCACAUAGAGAUGCAUUGAAUCAGAGCAUCUCCACACGCAGCGUGGAUGAACAUAGGUCCUGCAAAAUGUCCAGGAAGUUCCUCUAGUGGCUAUCAUAGUGGCAUCCACUAGAGGUGGACUUUGGACUGCAAUGUAAACACUUUUUUUAUACUAAGCAUAAAGGGACAGACUAUAUGCCCCAGAACCACUACAUUAAAGGACCACUAUAGUGGAGAGAGGAAGGGGUUAAAAUCUUGCCUUUCUCCAGUGCCGGACGGGGAGCUUUACUCCUCCUCUCCUCCUUCCUAGCGACGUCAUCGGCUGAAUGUGAAUGCGCGGCAGGAGCCGCACGCGCAUUCAGCCAGUUCAUAGGAAAGCAUUUACAAUGCUUUCCUAUGGACGCUGGCGUCUUCUCACUGUGAUUUUCACAGUGAGAAGCACGCAAGCGCCUCUAGCGGCUGUCAAUGAGACAGCCACUAGAGGCUGGAUUAACCCUCAGUGUAAACAUAACAGUUUCUCUGAAACUGCUAUGUAUGUAUGUAUGUAUGGGGGUUUAACCCUAGCUGGACCAGGCACCCAGACGACUUCAUUAAUCUGAAGUGGUCUGGGUGCGUAUAGUGGUCCUUUAAGCUGUAGUGUUUCUGAUAAUUAUAUUGUUAUUCUCUUUAAGAAUUGAAAUGACUGACUUAUUUGCAGCCAUGUCUGGUCUUUGUAGAAAUCAAUAUAGAAGCAGCAGACUCUGGUGCUUUUGGUGCAAAUGUGAUUUAAUUCUGGUAAAAUGUUGUGUAUUGUGUGUUAGCUUUUGCAUUAAUUAAAAAUACGUACUCCUAGUCCUGCUUUGGGUGUUGUUUUUAAGAAUUACUUGUGUACAACAGGGUGCAUUUUAAACUCUAAAUGAUUGUAUCCUGCAGGUUUAGCUCUGGCAGUGGAGUAUUCUAUAUUUGAAUAUCUUACAAUCUUCAUUUUUUAUCUUAUCUUCUGUUCAGAACAGAGACCUUUCAGCACCCUGUGUCUCUCCUUACUGUUUAGUCUUACUCUCUAAAGAUUUUCCAUAAUCCUACACCUCUUUCUCAGCUUAUCACCAACAUCAAAGGCAAACCUUUUUUUGCAUCAGGCAGAGGAAGCAGGUCAGAUGGGCGCCUGUGUGGAAACUUUGGGGUUAAGCCAUCUUUAGUGGCUUAACCCUGUAAGGUAAGAAGGCGCCUAAGGACUCCAACCUACAUAACGUCUUAAUUGAGAUGUUAUGAAGUUGGAGUGGCCUUUUAAAAGUCAUUAGGGACAUAGGCAUUGCCAAGAUAAAUUUAAUACAAAUUGUUGCAGAGAAUACUGUUCAUAUGUUGGCUUUUCCAAGAUGGUUUUCAUCGUAAAUCUCCUCCUUUGCCCUUGCUAAGGCCUGCGUGCCAAAUCACAUGCAUGCCUGUUGAGGACUUGAUACAUGAUGGACACUGGUGGGAGGUGAUUGCAAGGUGGCCAGCCAAUGACAAAGUUUAAUAAUGCUGUGGAUCUUGACUAAAAAUCCACCUGUUGUCAACCUGCAAGUUAUUCAUCAGGAGAUUCCUUCAUUCCCUUAUGUAUAACUUUUAAAAUAAUCAUAGGUUUAAAAAUUUAAUUUUAAAAAAUGGGGGCAGCAUAGGGUUGGAUAAAACACAACAUGAAGAAAACAAACAAGACUGUUUGUGACAAGUUCUAAAAGUGCAUAGAAUGCCAUAAAUGUCACUGAAGGUUUGUAGAACAUUUUUGUAUAAGGUUAACUGUGGUUCUGACUCUUUCAUAGUUUGUGCGUGGCUUGUGAAAAUGUCAGGGUAUUCAGUUUGAAAAUUAAUCCAAAGUGGUUCUAUGCCAGAUAUAUUAAGCUGCUGUCAAACAAAGCAAUUUGUUUAACCUCUUAAGGACACAUGACAUGUCAUGAUUUCCCUUUUAUUCAAGAAGUUUGGUCCUUAAAGGGUUAAGGAAGAUUUCAUUAAUUUGAACUAGGGAACUUCACAUUUUAGGACAACUGCUGUGCUCAAAGAUAUGUCUUAAAGGACCACUAUAGACACCCAGACCACUUCAGCUCAAUGAAGUGGUCUGGGUGCCAGGUCCCCCAGGUUUUAACCCUUCAGAUGUAAACAUAGCAGUUUCAGAGAAACUUCUAUGUUUACAUUGCAGGAUUAAUCCCGCCUUUAGUGGCUUUCUCAUUGAGAAAUGCUUUCCUAUGGGUGUUUUUUAAUGUGCGCGCAUGCACAUUCGGCUCCACUCAGGAUCUGGCGUCGGAGGGGUGGGAGAGGUCACCAGCGCCAGGCUCCUGUUGCCUGAUUAAGGAAGUGGCUGAAGGAAUUUUAACCCCUUCAGCCCAGCGGGAGGUGGGCCCUGAGGCUGGAGGGUACCUAAGGAUUAUAUAGUGCCAGGAAAACGAGUUUGUUUUCCUGACACUAUAGUGAUCCUUUAAUUUGAUUAUUCCAGUUUGACUGUCUUUUUAAAGGAAUACUCUGGACACCAUAACUUCAUAUAAAUUAAGUUAUAGUGCCAGGAAGUCCCUGUCUUAUCUCAAGGGUUUUAAACUGUUCUGUAAAGGUUUACCCCCAAGGCUGCUUACAGAGCUGGAUCUCCAUGUCUUGAGUAAGUUGCAAACCUCGUCCUAUUUAGGAGGUUCUAGGGGGUGUUUUUAUUAUUUUUUAUUAUAAAUUAAAUGCGGUUUUGUAUUUGAGAACAUUAUCUAAAUUGCUCUUUCAUUUCACCCUCCCAAUUAGUUCUGGAAUAAGGCGUUUGGCCCCCAGCUGCAGUUCCACUUAUCGGAUAUGAGUUAAACUGUUUAAUAAGCUGAAAUGGCUGAUAUUGACCGAUUUGUGAAUUGGCUGUGUGGUAUUAUCUCCCAACUUGCUGACUAUGUAUGCAUAUGGCUGCAGCUUGGACUCUCUGCAAAAACAAAGAGGCGGGGUUCUGCAUGCACAAGUUGGCUAGGAAAAAAACCAACUUGUAUUGAGGUCACUGAUCCAGGGGGCAAUACCAUUUAUAAGCUACUCUGCGAAGAGACAAGGUGCAGUGUACUCUCCACCUCUAACAUUGCAACAUGUUGUUAUGGUCCUAGGAAUGAGCCUUUAAGCUGACAUAAAUCUUGAUACGUAAUCUCUAUGUGGGGAAUACACAUUGAAUGGUACUGAUAGGAGGAUCUUUCGUCUGUUACAUGGCAAAUCUCUCUGCCUGCUCUCUGCUCCUCAUGAGUCAACUCGAUCUACUUUAACCUUUGCUGACUACAUUCCACACAAUAAAAUCUUAAUAAGAAGUUAAAUAUUCAGUCUUGGCAUGAAUAAAUACAUAAAGAUAUUAGUACUAAAUGAGAUUUACAUGUGUAGUUUUUUUUUUCUUUCUUCAAAAUUGUAGAAGUGCUUUAGUUUGAAUUUUUGGUGUUACCAGAUCCAUAAUAAGGUUUGAAUGUUUCUCCCUGUUUUCAUGCAGAUAUAUGCUCAGCAGAUGCUUCAUGACAUAUUUCCUUGACUGUAAGCGGAAUGCUCACUUUUUUUUUUUUUUUUCUUGCUAAUUUGAAGUGCGUAUAAUUCUUUUCCUCCUCUCCCAGCUGUGGUUGGCAUGAAUUUUCUUGUUCACAAUUGUAGUACUGAAUGGCGCAGUGAUUUGGAAAGUGAAAAGAGUGCUGUAUUUCCCAGCUGUCAUGUGUGUGAAUUGCGAGGCAGCGUGUGACCUAUUGGAUCCAACUAGGAUAUGAAACUUUGUUUCCCUGACGAAUAUAACUGUGUUUGAAUGCUGAAUGGGGUACUUGUUUAAAGUUGUUUUUUUUUUUUCUGUUUAAUGUGUAUAUACUCGGUGUACAAAGUUUGUGUGUGUAUUUAUUCUGUUUAUCACCAGAGUUUAGGGUUUCAUGGACUAACAGUUUAGUGUGUUUUUAUUUGUAUUUUUUUUUUUUUUCCCUCCCCUUCUUUCUCUACUGUUUUAUACCAUGUACGUAAGACGAUUGUGCUCCGGUCACCUCCGUUCAGCUCACAGUGUAAGUCUUGCGAGACCCGCGGCCGUCAGAGCGUUGCCACAGGUUACCGUGGCAAUGAUCCGCGCGGCAUGCAGACCGCGAGAUUUACACUGUGAGCUGAACAGAGGUGACCGGAGCUGCUGUAAAGGUAACAGCUUGCUGCCGGCCCCCCAUGCACAGCACGUGCCACUGGACCACCAGAGAAUAAUAUAGCCCUCCUCCCUGGCCAGCUAACAAGCAGGGAUGGGGGGACAAAAAAAAAGUAAAAAAAUAAAUAAAAAUGAAAUAUUAAAAUAAUAUAAAAAUAAUACAAAUAUUACAAUAAAAUAAAAGUAUUAAAAUAAUAAAAUAAAAAUAUGAUGAUAAUGCCCUCCCCCCACCCAGUUUACACACACACUACACACUGCAUUCUACACAUACACACACACUGCAUUCUACACAUACACACACACACACUGCAUUCAUUAUAUACACUGUAAAUAAAUAUUCAAUUAAUGUAAUUUUAUUGAGAUCUAAUUUUAUUUAGAAAUUUACCAAUAGCUGCUGCAUUUCCCACCCUAGGCUUAUAUGCGAGCUUAUACCAUUUUUUUGUGCUAAAAUUAGGUGCCUCGGUCUAUAUUCUGGUCGACUUGUACUCGAGUAUAUACGGUAUAUAUGUUCAGCUAGGAGAAGACAUAAAUUUGUCAUAACAUGUUUGAGGUUUACAGAUCCUAACCCAGCCCAACCAAUAAAACAAAACCCGAAUGAGAUGAUUAACCUGUGCCAUGACAGAAGGUGUGAAAAGUUCUUGCCCCAAUGACACACUGAAUAGAGCUGCUCUGGGCGAGAAUAGAACCUUCCAUUUCCUGUUCCCUCUCUGACAGAAGAGGUGCGGGAAUGUCUGUACUCGCGAGGCACCUUUACGUACAGUCGCAGGUAUGUCCUUACUCGCGAGUAUAUGUAAAGCGGGGUAUGCCUGUAAUAAAAUGUAACGAGUCAGUUGAACAUUUACAAUGGAAAUUCAGCACAUUUACUAAUAAGUCAAUGAUUAUUUAUAUAGCGCCAGCAAAUUCUGUAGCGCUGUACAGUGAUCAAAAUGCAAUUCUAAUAGAGUACUGGAAAAACAUGAUUUAUUCAUUUUGACAUAUACCUCACCAACCCUGUCCCCCACUGCAAUGCAAAGUUGGAAUAUAUAUAUAUAUAUAUAUAUAUAUAUAUAUAUAUCUAUCUAUCAUGUGGCCAUCUUCAUAUUGCUUUUUCUGGAACAGGUGAGUACAUUGGUGUAUAAUUAUAAAGCAAUUUUGGGGGAGAGUUCUAAACACUUCGGCUGCAGUGGAAACCAAUUUGAUGCUCCUAAUUUAUUAAUUAGCACAUUGCCCUAGAAUUGCUCCUUAUGCACAGUCCAUUGCAUUUACUUCCAUGCAAGGUGAGAAUUGAGGUAAUGAUCACCUUAGGGUUAUUUACCAUGUCAGGACUAUAGGGAACAUUUUGACCUAAUUUCUUUUUCUGAAUUGUUUUUAGUCUUCUUUAUAUUUACAACUUUACUUUAAUCCCAGUUUCCCCUAUAUAUUUGUGAAAAUUGUUUAUUUUUUUUAGUCUGCGUCUAGACAAUAUAGAAUGCUUUUAAUGUCUGCAAUAUAAAAUUGUGCCAGCAGGUGGAGUACUGGCAAUUCAAGUACGAUUCUUUCCUUUUUUAACUUUUCUUUCUUUUUAUUUAAUGCAGAUAUUUUAAAGUGGCCCUGAUAAUUAAUUGUUUAUACCGUAGAUUUUGUUCAAAAUAAUUAUCUCAGCACUAUUUUCUUAACCAAGCUACAGUAAGAUGUUAGCUGCAAUUACCCCUUGAACAUAUAACUAGAUUUCACUGUAGAGGCAGACAUCUUGGAUUUGUAUCACAAUUUUCAAAACCCCAGUGGUCAUUACAUAAUCUAGGCAACAUUUUUAAUGGCAGCAAGUUGGAAGCUGUUACUUGCUGAUUAGGUUGCAGUUUUCCACUGUGGAGGAAGGAAAUGUUCUUUGAACUCUCUUUGCCCAUAGAAAGGAAAGGUUAGCUAAUAAUGUUUAGUCCCUUGAAAUGUCUUGGAAAUUAUCACUACACUGUAUAGGCUGUUUUAAAAGUGCUAAAUGCUGGUACUAAGACAAUUUGAAAUAAGUGUCUCUAUAAAUUAUAAAUGACUAUAUUCUGUUGUAGGAGAAAUAAGUUAUGCUGUGCCUACCAAUACGUUGUGCACAAUAAAUGCUAGAUAGAGCAGCCAAGUCUUGUUUCUUUCAUAUCAUGCAUGGUCUAUUGAUGUGGGGGAAAAAAAUUGCAUAUGCUAACACUCCAAGCAACAUAACCACUGCAGUUCACUUUAGUGGUUAUUGUGCCCUGGAGCCUACCCAUUUUAAAGCGUUACACUGUCUAAGACCUUAACCCUGUGGUCCACUGGGUGAUGCUCACAUAGCCACAUUGAAGAUGGUGAUCCAGAAAUUGUUUAUCUGACUAGACUUGCAUUUCGGGCUUGGCUCAGGGGAGCUAGCUGGUGCUCUUGCAGCAGAGCUUCUGGCUCUCUGUGGAGGUGGGUUGCGGCUUUUGGCACAAUUAGCUUGGGCCGGAUGUCCAUAGGUUGUAGUGGAACGAUGCUAUACUUACCUGAAGCUGUGCCCAGUCGCAGCUGCCAUCUCCUUUUGGGGCACCCUCUCCAUUACCAGGUGCUUUAUUUGCCAGGAGCCAAUGAGUGAGAGUACAACAUGGGGGGGCGGCUAUGGAGGAUCCCAUGAGAUUCAGGGAGUCACCAUAGAGCAUGUCUUACAAUAAGUGAUGUGAUGCCUGAAUCCCUCAGCCGUCACACAUGGCGGCUGCUGGGGUUGGACAAAAGAUGACGGCAGUUUACCAGAAGACAGUGGUCAGUACUUUGUCUAUGAUAUCUUUUGUAUUAUUUUGGAAUUCCAGUGAAGUGACAAAGCCUCUUUAAGACUCCCGGCACCGUUAUUUCUACUAUACCUCAUCCAAAACUAGGGGUAGGCAACCUUUGCCACUUUGGAUGUUGUGGAUUACAUCUUUCCUGAUACUUUGCAAGCUUUAUGGUUGCUAAAGCGUUGUGAGUGCUGAAGGUUGCCUAACCAUGCUUUAAAGUCCUAGUUGUCAGCAAUUCAACUGAAAACAUAUAGUGGUAAUAUAGGGAGUGUAAUUCUUAAAGGGACCCUAUAGGCACCCAGACCACUUCAUCUUAUUGUCCCCUUACCCCUGCAGCUAUGAAAAUUGCAGUUUCAGAGAAAGGGUUAAGGCUGGCUCUAAUAGUUGUCUACCAGACAGCCACUAGAGGAGCUUCCUGCAGUUAUAGAGAUUAACUUUGCAUUGAGUCAAUGCUUUCCUAUGGUGAAGGUAUAAUGCCACGGUUUAGGUUUUCCUUUGUGCUGGUGUUUGUUUUAUUGAUUUUAAAUCCUCCCCCCUCUAAGCUUUGAACAAACCUUUUUAAUUUUAGAGACAAUCUGCUGAUAUUCACUGAUAUCUGUAUCGUACUGUACGUUUCCACUAUUGGCUUGCUUAAACAGGAUGCUUUGAUAUCUCAGUCAGGGUGGUGCCUCAUUUGUGAAUUUCCUCCAAAUAUUUUGUUUAAAAUUGAUAGAGCAGUAAACAGUGUUCAAAGUAGUACCCUUGUCAUACACAAUUAAUGACCCAUUUUUACAGAUUAAUUCUAUAUAGAUCAUCUUGUAAAUCACUUCUUUUCAACCCAGUCCUCAACGCACACCCACAGUAGGUAUUUCCAGUGGGUAUACGUACAAAGUUUGGAUUGCUGAUGUGGAUUUUGGAUGGAGUUGGGGAAUACUUACCUAUACCAUGAUACAUAAUCGUCUUAAAACCCUACCUUUUUAAUACACUGUGGACUUUAAAGGGGCACUAUAGUAACUAAAACUACAGCUUGAUGUAGUUGUUAUGGUAAGUAGGGUAUGUUCCUGAAGGCAUUUUGCUGUCAACACUGGCAGUCACUAGAGGUGCUUCUUGAGUCAGGGCUGCACAGUAUUUAUAAUUUAUAAAAUAUUUUACUGGGAAAGCUACAUUACAGUAUGCAGCACUGACGUUCAGCGUCUUCACGCUUUGUAUGGAAACGCUGAACUUCUAUCAUAGAGAGGCAUUGAUUCAUUUGUGAAGAGGCAGCCAAUAGAAUGAGAAAGGGACACUUCAGCUCAAUAAAGUAGUUUGAGUGCCAGGUCCCUCAGGUUUUAACCCUUCACAUGUAAACAUAAGUUUUAGAGAAACUAUGUUUACAUUUGGGGUUAAUCCAGCCUCUAGUGGCUGUCUUCCGGAAAGCUGCUGAAGGCGAAUUUUGCAUCCAUAGGAAAGCAUUGAGAAAUGCUUUCCUAUGGACACUUUGAAUGCGCUUGGCACUUGCCGCGCAUGCACAUUCGGCUCCAGUGACGGGGAGGAGGGAGCCCGGCGCUGGGUUAAGGUAAGUAACUGAAGGUGUUUUAACCCCUUCAGCGCCACGGGAGGAGGACCCUAAGGGUGGGGGCACCUUCAGGACACUAGUGUCAGGAAAACUGCUUUGUUUUCCUGACACUAUAGAGAUCCUUUAAAUUACAUUUUUUUUAGAAGGAUGCUCCAAGCAUAGUUUAUGAUGCAAGGAGUGUCUGAGCUCUUCAUUCUGCACACUUUUUAACUGCAGUGAAUGGCAUAGCUUUCUGCAACCAAGAGCUUUGCUUAGUGCCUGAUUAGAGAAGGAAACUGUAAAAUGCUCAUCCUGCCCUUACAUAUACCAUAAACGUCUGAUGGACAGAAGUUUAUGGGAUAUGCAGAGACUCUGUUUAAUGGCAUUAGAGCCUCAGGAUUGGAUGUGCAUGCUUUGUGGUUCAGAUGCUGAAACCAGUAGUAUCUUCUGCAUAGUUUUUCAAUGAGUAAACUAACAAGUCAUAUCCAGCCAGCAGUUUCCCUUUUAAAAAUGAAAAAAAGUAUUGCAUUUUUUUUUUUGUGUGUGUGUUUAAGUUUGUAUCCCAAUUUAAAACAUGCACAGUGCACUCAUGAUGUGGCAUUUUUAUUUAUUGAAGGCAUUUCACUAUACUCCACACCUGAUAUGGCGCAAGAAAAGUAAUCUAUUUUGCAAACCAGUUUUACAUGCAGACAUAGCUUUUUCUGGCUGAAUAAAAGCUGCCAUUGGGUCGUUAGACUUGCUAAAUGUAAAAUGUGUUUCCCAUGGAAGUUCAGGGCUUGUAGGGAAACACUAUUUACACUUCUAUGAUUUAAAUAUCUUCCCUAUUGUGCGUAACACACCUGGCAUCCUACAAACAUUUUUUUUAUUUUUGUAUUCAGGACUGAGUAAUACUAAGUUUGGCAUGCAUUGGCAGGUUUCCCUAAAACAUAGGAGGAAGAAUUAUACCCCUGUGUAGUCAGUUUCGCACACAUUCCCAAUUAACCACAGAAAAUCAUACCAUACCAGCCACGCAUUUGCAUGUCACAUAAACCUCUAUUUACUACAAUCCUAUUGUGUAGAAGCAGCCUAGCCUUGCAGUCCUGAAAAACCUUUUUGAUCUCACCUGACUGAUAAAUACGGGCUCAGUCUGCUACCCUGUAUCACCAGGUUUUAACAUGGUCAUCUGGAUUUGGCAAAACCCUUGGUUAAUGUAAUUAGUGUGUCUAUUUCAAUUGUAAAAUUGUAAUGAUGGCAUGAAAAGCAUUUGAUCCUUAUUUGGUUAACUAAAACUAAGCCCAUAUAUAUUUUCCUAGGAUAGUUAAGCUUGGUAAACUUCACUAAGACCCCUUUAAACACGGUGAGAAUGUAAGCCAAAGUUUACUUGUGUCUUAUCUGGAAAUAUAGGCCUCUUAGGUCUGUUGGUAAUUUUUUUUUUUUUUUACAUACACACUUGAAUUUCUGAAAACUGCAGAAAAGCUAUGCAGGAGUUAAUCUAUAAACGUAUCACCCUGUAGAUUAUCAGAUACCAGUCAUGUGAUUGGCAAAAGAAUAGAAUAUAUAUAUUUUCUGUGGCAACAAAGCAAAUGACCUUCUUUACAAGCUGAACUCUCUGCUGAAUAACCUUUAAAUUGCACAAACAAGAAUGUCUGACACAUCUGGUUCAAAACAGCUUUUAGACUUGGUUUUAUGUUCAACGGAAGUAGCUCAUGUGUUCAACGGAAGUAGCUCAUAUGGAAUUUUCUUCUGUUAUUUGACAAAGAUGUCUCGUUGCACAUGCACAAUAUCAUCAAUGGAGGGUCCUGCAGGAUUUUCAAUUGACUCCCAUAAAAAGUUCUAUAGGUGCCUGUACAUAUUGCACAGAACUUCUCAGGGUUUUGUGUAACAUAAAUCUUGAAUGGUGAGACAGUGUUAUGAAGGAGGGAGGUGCAACAUAGGUUCACUUUUAAUAUCAUAGAGUAAGAUAAGAACUGCUCUUUGGCCUUAACAUUUGAAAAGUACUUGUGGUUAUUGUGCUUGGAGUUGCCUGUGCAAUUUUUUUUUUUUUUUUCUUCUAAAAUUUUAAUCCGGUAAUUGCUAUAAAAGAACCUGUACAUUUGUGGGCACUCGUGUGCAAUUCCAGAUGUUUUAUGGCACUGGUAGAGUUGGUGGACAAAUGUUGCAAUAAAAGUAAUUUGCUAUGUCAUUAAUCAACAUUCCAUGUUUUCCUUAGCAAAUGCACUCUGUUUUAAGUUCUCCCCUUCUUGCAUAGAAAUGUCCAAAGAUUACCGGCAUUCAUGGGUCUUGCUCUUCUAAAACAUAGCUUCUUUUUUUUUUUUUGUUUGAUUUUUACAUCUUUAAUGUUAAAAGCUAAGUUUUAGAAGCAUAAGAUCCAUGAAUGCUGACCAUCUUUGGAAUUUUUGUAGGCACUGGUUAUGGGGGAGAGAGGUGUUUUGUUUUUUUCCCUAUCAGCAUUAGUACUUUGCAUGCAUUUGGUUUUAUUAUAUUUUUGGUGUAUCUGUAUACAUUAUACUUCUAGUUUCUAGAAUUCAGUGGGCAGCAGUCGGCACUGCAGGUGUGAUAGAUUUCAUUUCUCAUGAUCUCCCAGAUGUGGAAGGAGUCCAGCAGUGUCCAGCCAGUAAGAUGUAGUACACCCUACAUUGUUGCCAGUUCUGUGCUGGCUGGUCGUGGUACCCCUGCAGUGAGGCCGUGCUACCCCUGCAGUGAGGCCGUGCCUGACCCGUGCUACCCCUGCAGUGAGGCCGUGCCUGACCCGUGCUGGCGGGUCGUGGUACCCCUGCAGUGAGACGCCAUCCCUGGCUCGUGCUGCCAAGCUGUGGUACCCCCGCCGUGAGGUGAUGCCCGACCAGUUUUAACGGGUUGUGGUUACCCCGCAGUGAGGCCGUGGUGGUGGCUUGUAGUACCCCUGCAGUGGGGCCGGCCGUGUUACCCCCGCAGUGGGGCCGGGCUAGCUGGCUGGCCGUGUUACACCCGCAGUGGGGCCGGGCUGGCCGUGUUACACCCGCAGUGGGGCCGGGCUGGCUGGCCGUGUUACACCCGCAGUGGGGCCGGGCUGGCUGGCCGUGUUACACCCGCAGUGGGGCCGGGCUGGCUGGCCGUGUUACACCCGCAGUGGGGCCGGGCUGGCUGGCCGUGUUACACCCGCAGUGGGGCCGGGCUGGCUGGCCGUGUUACACCCGCAGUGGGGCCGGGCUGGCUGGCCGUGUUACACCCGCCGUGGGGCCGGGCUGGCUGGCCGUGUUACACCCGCUGGGGCCGGGCUGGCUGGCGUGUUACACCCGCAGUGGGGCGGGCUGGCUGGCCGUGUUACACCCGCAGUGGGGCGGGCGGCUGGCGGUGUUACACCGCAGUGGGGCGGGCUGGCUGGCCGUGUUACACCCGCAGUGGGGCGGGGCUGGCUGGCCGUGUUACACCCGCAGUGGGGCCGGGCUGGCUGGCCGUGUUACACCCGCAGUGGGGCCGGGCUGGCUGGCCGUGUUACACCCGCAGUGGGGCCGGGCUGGCUGGCCGUGUUACACCCGCAGUGGGGCCGGGCUGGCUGGCCGUGUUACACCCGCAGUGGGGCCGGGCUGGCUGGCCGUGUUACACCCGCAGUGGGGCCGGGCUGGCUGGCCGUGUUACACCCGCAGUGGGGCCGGGCUGGCUGGCCGUGUUACACCCGCAGUGGGGCCGGGCUGGCCGUGUUACACCCGCAGUGGGGCCGGGCUGGCCGUGUUACACCCGCAGUGGGGCCGGGCCGGCCGUGUUACACCCGCAGUGGGGCCGGGCUGGGCUGGCCGUGUUACACCCGCAGUGGGGCCGGGCUGGCUGGCCGGCUGUGUUACACCCGCAGUGGGGCCGGGCUGGCUGUGUUACCCCCGCAGUGGGGCCGGGCUGGCUGUGUUACCCCCGCAGUGGGGCCGGGCUGGCUGGGUUACCCCCGCAGUGGGGCCGGGCUGGCUGGCCGUGUUACACCCGCAGUGGGCCGGGCUGGCUGGCCGUGUUACACCCGCAGUGGGCCGGGCUGGCUGGCCGUGUUACACCCGCAGUGGGGCCGGGCUGGCCGUGUUACACCCGCAGUGGGGCCGGGCCGGCCGUGUUACACCCGCAGUGGGGCCGGGCUGGGCUGGCCGUGUUACACCCGCAGUGGGGCCGGGCUGGCUGUGUUACACCCGCAGUGGGGCCGGGCUGGCUGUGUUACCCCCGCAGUGGGGCCGGGCCGGCUGUGUUACCCCCGCAGUGGGGCCGGGCCGGCUGUGUUACCCCCGCAGUGGGGCCGGGCUGGCUGGCUGUGUUACCCCCGCAGUGGGGCCGGGCUGGCUGGCUGUGUUACCCCCGCAGUGGGGCCGGGCCGGGCUGGCUGUGUUACCCCCGCAGUGGGGCCGGGCUGGCUGGCUGUGUUACACCCGCAGUGGGGCCGGGCCGGGCUGGCUGUGUUACACCCGCAGUGGGGCCGGGCCGGGCUGGCUGUGUUACCCCCGCAGUGGGGCCGGGCUGCCUGGCUGUUACCCGCAGUGGGGCCGGGCCGGGCUGGCUGUGUUACCCGCAGUGGGGCCGGGCUGGCUGGCUGUGUUACCCGCAGUGGGGCCGGGCUGGCUGGCUGUGUUACCCGCAGUGGGGCCGGGCUGGCUGUGUUACCCGCAGUGGGGCCGGGCUGGCUGUGUUACCCGCAGUGGGGCCGGGCCGGGCUGGCAGGCGGUGUAUGUGAAAUGAUGCAGCAUGCUCCCUCCGCUCCAGCCGCAGCCUGCUUUAAAGGGCCAGCCCGGUACAGCGAGUAACAAAGAGGUGACGUCACGGGCCGCAUCCGCUUCCCCAGGCGACCAAUCCUGGCGCUCCGCGACCGCGGCUGUGUCCGCUGAUUGGCUGCCCGGUUGUCCUGGCGGCCGCCGAUUGGCUGACACGCUGUCCAUCAGGCAGGGGGAGGGAGGGCCUUACUUCCGGCUGCUGGUGUAGGGGGAGGCACGGGCUGCUGUGAGCUGAGUUUGCGAAGAGGAUAAGAAAGAGCCUGGAUGCCGAGCUGGUCCCCAUGCAGCCAGCACCACGGCCGGCCACACACAGCCGGAGCACGGGGAGGGCAGGCCCGCCGCAACACCUAAUAUGUGUCCAGUGACAGGCCGGCUGGUGCAUCCAUUAAUCCCAUUCCUGGCCCGGGAUCUGCCGCUUGGUAAGCACGGCCGGGGGGGGAGCAGGGGGGAGGGAGGUCGUGACUUUAUUUAAUAUCCUCCUCGUGUGCUGUGUCUGGGCGGCCGCACUGCCUGGGUCCUGCCAUCCUGUGUGCUGGGAGACUCCCAUACUGAGUGAGCAUGGCAUCUCACAGCCAGACAUGGCCCAGCCACAUACACCAGCCAGGGAGGAGGGGGCACCCUGCAUGCUCUGUGCCAUGGCUUCUGGGAAGGCUGACACCCACAUACACCAGAACACCGGGGGGAGGGGAGGGAGGAGGGGGAUACCAAAAUGUAGAACCUCAGCUGUUGUGGAAGUACAACUCCUAUGAUGCUUUGCCAGCCUUCUUACUGGGAAUGGCAUCCCGAGUUGUAGUUGUACAAGGCCAUCAAAGCUUGCUGGGAAUGCUAGUUUUACAGCAGUUGGAGAUCAAUCAUGGUGGCCACUCAGUAAUAAAGUCCUAGAAGGAUUAACAGUAACAGCUAGGAGUUUAAUAUUGUAGUUUAUGAUCCGUCUGCAUGUAGGCAUUUUAAUGUCGCUGCCCAUCGGUGUGUUUUUUAUUUUUUUUUUAAUGUGUAUAACACAAGCAAUCGGACGUUGAAGAGGUUAAAUUCAUAGGAGAUAUCUUUACUAAGUUCUUCUGCGAACCUUUUGUGGCGUGGUUGUAUGCCGUCGUUCUCCCUACUGAAAAAUAUAUAAAUUUUUCAUUGAAAAAAAAAAAACCCCCAGAACAUCUGAGAAUAACCCCUUGGCAAGGCUUGUGUGGCACAUUUUAUUUCUUGGGUUCUAUAAUCUGCGACAUGAACUGAACGAUCCAGCCUGGGCAGCUGCUGAUUGAUGUGUAAAAGGUGCAAAUGGUUUCUCUGUUGAAGCUCUCAGCGGGAAGGUGUCUAAGCCUGGGGACUGUUGGCUAUGAGUCAGAUAGCAAUAUUGAUGAAGCGAUUCUUUCUUGAUUUUCUUUCAUGUCGUUAACUUAGUCAGUUCUUUUAGUAGCUGUCUGAAUUGAGAUCCAAUUUAAUGGGCAUAUUAUAAAAAAAAAUUAUCAAAUACUCCACCCUUCUAAUUUUUCCAUGCAGAGAAAGGUGUGUUGUCUCCUUUUAAUUUUUUUUUUUUUUUAUUAGCCAGAAAACCUGAUGACUUUCCCCAGCUAUUUUGGAAUUGGCUUGUAAACUGUAAUGUGUAAGUCUGCAAUUACUAUUUCUGGUAUCUUCAGCAAUGAACUAUGGAACAGUUUUUAUGUUCCAAGAGAUUGCUUGUUUGAGCAGGGCCUUCUUCACCUCUUGUAUCUGUCGAUUUUAUUUUUGGCUGCCCAUUAUUAACGUAACCCCAGUGUAUAAUUGAAAAGUACUGCAGAAACUAUUGGUGCUAUCUAAAUGCUAGUAAUAAUAUAAAGUGAUAUGUGACGCUAUAAAUGCGAAAAUAAAUGUUUAUAUAAUAUGCUAUCUUGAGAUAUAUAUCAACUUAUUUUAAAUAAAAUGGAUAUUUCCAUUAUAGCUUAUCAAAUUAGUGUGUAUAUAUAUAUAUAUAUGUGUGUGUGUGUGUAUAUAUAUAUAUAUAUAUAUAUAUAUAUAUAUAUAUAUAUAUAUAUAUAUAUAUAUAUAUAUAUAUAUAUAUAUAUAUAUAUAUAUAUCUCUAUCACAAUAGUUUCUGGCACUCAUCCCAUAGCAAAAGCAUUAAUUCAGCAAUGACCAGGUGCCUCUCCGUGCAAAAUAUACAAAUGGAACAAAUUGAGAGCACUCAUUGGAUUUAGUUAACAAAAAAAAUAUUAAAUCAAACGCAUAUAAAUCAACGUUUCGACCGUCUAGCGGUCUUUAUCAAGAUGAUAAAGACCGCUAGACGGUCGAAACGUUGAUUUAUAUGCGUUUGAUUUAAUAUAUUUUUUUUGUUAACUAAAUCCAAUGAGUGCUCUCAAUUUGUUCCAUAUAUAUAUAUAUAUAUAUAUAUAUAUAUAUAUAUAUAUAUAUAUAUAUUUACUAAUUUGAUAAGCUAUAAUGGAAAUAUCCAUUUUAUUUAAAAUAUGUUGGGCUUUUGGUAAUUUAAUCUAUCUACAUCCACCAUAGUUUCUCUGUUUCCUGAGUAUUCUGCAGAUAGCUUUUUGAAACCGUGGCAACGGCCCGGUUUUCACUGAUUAAAAAAAAUGUUCCGGUGAUUUCAAACCUCUACCAACUCCUAAUGGUCAUCUAUGUUAUUUGCAUGUUAAAGUGCCUUACUUCUAUUUCUUACUUCAGACGUGCCUUACUUCUAUUUUCUCCUCUUCCAGAAGCUGUUUUCUUCAUUUCUCAUCUAUUUCUUUUGUAAAACACAAAACUUUUUUGGGACUACUUUUUGUCUUCUGUAUUUCACCUAUUAUUGACAAAGGGAGGCGCUUAAAGCAAACUUCACUCAUUGUUAGCUUGACAAAGGAAGUAGAGCUUGCCUUAAGCUCCACCCUUUUGUCGCAAUUGUCAAACGUAGGGAAAAAUACGGAAGAUAAAGUAGUCUCUACUUGUGUAUUCUGUAUUAAAGAGAAAUAGACCAGUAAGGAAGAUGUAAAACAGAUUUUGAAAGAGUAAAUUAAGAAGAAGCAAUAGGAGAAAGUUAAGUUUGAGGUGACAGUGCCACUAAAAUGAGUAACCUUGUAACUAGAUUGUUUUGAGUUUUCUCAUGUUUUCAGUUAUGUCCUGUGGCAUAAUGUAUUCUCGUAAAACACAUAAAUAAAUGACAUUAACAUUUACAAUGUUGCAGUGUAGCAUAUAUUAUAUCACAAACCUGUCUAAAGUUGAUCUUUCCUGAUAAUUCCUCCUUAAAUUUGAUUUAGCACUGUAUAAAAAGGAUGAGGGCACGUUUAAACUUGAUCACUGGGAUGGUUAAUAUGCUUUAGAAUUUUAAAAAUUACAACUUAAGACCCAAUACAGUGUGGUUAAUUGAUGCAUGUAGAAACUUUGGUUUUAUAGGGGUCCUGCGAUGGCUCUAGCUUUUUGAUUUUACAGAAGUCAACUGCUGCCUAGGUUUUGGGAGUAUGUCAUUACCGUGUGUGUCCAGAUCAAAAAUGCCUUAUAUUUUUUUUUUCUUAUUUGUAUACUGCAGGUUUUAUUUGGGAGGGGUUGAAUAAGAUUAACUGAGAUUGCUCACCCUUUCAUAUUGUAUGUAGAUCAGUAUUGACCAGAGACUCGACUACGAAAAAAAACUUGAAUGUUCUUGAGGUUAGCUAUUGGGCAGUCUUAACACAUAAUUCAGAAAAUAUUAUUUUUGUACUUAAUAAGUGAGUCCUAUCAUGUAGUGAUCUAUUGCCACAAUUUCCAAUUCCAUUACAUUCUGCCACAUGAUAAUUUUUGUCCUCUUCAAUGUUAAUUAUUUUAAUUAUAAAGGAAGAUGCUAUUUAGAUUUCUAGUCAAAAAUCGGGUCAGUGCUGCUGUUUUUGUAUGGGGAGAGAGAGAGACAGGGGACUAAUUUGCUUUUAAACAUAAAGAUCUAAAAUUGGCAUAUUUCAGGCAGCUGGUGCAUGCAUGCUAAUUGGGUUGCUAUGAUAUCUAAAACUUGCUACAAAUGGGCAUUUCUAACUAGAUUUGUGGAGCAAGUUUAUCUUCCGGUGAUUAGCAAACAGCAUGACUAAUUCUCCAUGCAAGCCGCAGAAAGGCUGAAUGUCAAUUACUUGGAGACCUUUUGGAAAAUAUUAAAAGGUUAUUCAGCAAGUCAAAUGUAUCUCUCGGAGGCCAUUGAAUCUUGAGGCUAAUUAUGGCCGUAAAAUCAAAAUGCUUAAGCUCUUCUUUAGCUUCACCUGCAUUGGCUUCUUGGGAGCUAUAAUCACCCCCCAGGUGAACAAUUUACCAUAUGCAUUAAUGGGAACCUACAGUCCUGUAAAAAAGCAAUUUAUUAUGGAAUCCAAGUUCACUUCGACCAGUGUGACGGUCUACCCUGCCCCAUUUUGCCCUCCUCCAAAAUGAGUAUUUCAAAAGAUAAAAUCUUUUUUUUUUUUUAAAUACACAAAUUGAGCAGUCAAGAUAUGACAAAGUAAGGACUACACUUGACAAUAGGCAGAGCUACCACCGUCAGGUUUUAUUUUAUUAUAGUGACGACUAUAGGGGAAAAAGUAAUGGUCUUGCAGGAUCCUCAAUAGACCUUGGUGUUGUAUUCUUUGUGUGUGCCAGAGUACAACACUGAUAUAAGCUCCUAGCAGAUGAAGCGCAAGGAGCCAAAAAGGACUUAAUUGAUGUCAGUGGCCGCAAAGGACAGGUAAGUAAAACUAAUUUUGUACUAUACCCCGCAGCCCCCAGACUUCAUUCAGAGCAGUCAUGGGGUCUCUGCAAAGUACGCAAAGACCCCAAACCGUGGCAGAACUGCUUUAUAUUAUGAUUACUUAUGAUGUUUCCAGUGCCGGGGCACCUUUGCUGCAGCCUCCGUCAGUAUGCCUGCUGACUCUUCUCUCUUCUCAUCCGGCACCAUGCGCCUUCAAUUAAAUGCCGCUGUGUACAUAGUUUGUCUGGGUUCUGAUGGAGGUAGCACUUGUAGUUACUCUCAGGAAGACCGCCACUAAAUGUGUUUGAACCACCAAUGUUUACAUUGCAUGUUUUAAAAGUUUUACAUUGAAGAGUUAAAACUGCCACUGCACACAGAAGACUUCAUUGACUUGAAGUGGUGUGGUUGCCUCUUGUGGUCCUUUUUAAGAUCGAGAGUCUCUUGCCAUGCUCUUUAAAAGGCAUUUGUCUAUGUACCCGGAGUGAUUUUUUUUCGCAAGUGUUUCUCAUGUAAAUAUUUGCCAACACUCUCUUGUAUAACAAAUAUUGGAUUUAUUUUUAAGUAACACUUAACUUUCUGUAUAUAUUUACUUCCAUACCAAUACCACCUUGUUUACUCUACCAAGGAUGGAGCUUGUUGGCUAAGCUAAUUUAACAACCAUUAUAUUUGCCCCUCAUCCCCAUAUGCCAAUACGAUGUGUAUGUGCACACUACUCCUUUUUUAUUUUUUAUGAACCUGAUUUGCAGGUCUUGGUUGUUUUUUUUACCUUAUUUAAAGGAACCCUCCUUUUGCAGUGCCCUGUUGCAAUCCUAUUGUAAGUAGUCAAAAUAUUGUUAGUACAGUUUGAUACUUACCUGGGUCCCUUGAAUGACUGCAGCCUCUGAUUCUACUCUUCUUUAAGAGACUUUGGUUAACUAUACAGAGAUUAGCAGGAUUGCACUUAUUGGCAGAGUGCAAAGCUUAGACAAAUGCUGCUAUCUGGAAGUUUACUUUUAAAUGUUGCAUGAUAGGCAUUUUGUUUAUGAUGGGUUAAAUCUCUUACAUUGCAUAUAAGCUGCUGUGAAUAGUGCAUAAAAUGUAUUAAUCCAAUGUGCCUUUCAAGCAUAUCUCCUAUUGUAUUAAAAUCAACCUUUGUUCCUUUGAUUAGGCAAUAUUUAAAGGUAUUUAAAAAGCCUUUCCAUGCACAGCACAAUUCUGUUAAUGACUAAUGUGGAAGCCUGUGCUUUCAUCUCUGGACAUGUGUGGUUUCACAGUAAAUCUCACUGGUUUUAACCUGAUCAUAAAGUGGAAAUGAUUAAACUUACAUUUCAAAUAUGGACGUUGAGUUUCGAGAUAUUGCAGUGUCGUAAUAUUCCUAAAUAAGGUAAAAACCUAAAUCAUAGUUUUGAACUUUCCAUAUACGUUAGGACAUAAUCUAAUCUGUUUUAAUGCUUUCUGAAAGAACCUUUUUUGCUUAGCAAUUAAGUGAAUUCUUGCCUUUUUACAAUUGCCUGCGUGAAUCAUCCCACUGACAGUGGUGUGUAUAAAUAAGGAGUAAAUAUUAAUAGGAAAACUCUAUGCACAGUAGGGGCUAUUGGGUUAUUUAUAAGGAGCAAUAGUGAUACAAAGUUCUACAGGUGGAUGAGCUACCAUGGAAACCAAUGGAAUGUGCGGCAGGUCCAAAAUUGCUCUUUUUAAAUAACCCUCAGUGUAUCUUUUGUAUAAGAAGUAUCCUGCUGCUUGCUUUUCUGAUGCUUAUUACCACUGUCAGAUCACACUGCAAAGGGAAACCCUCAUGAUUUAGGCCCAUUCUGUUGUACUAAGGGCACUGUAAAUGUCAUGUAGACCACUUUAUAUGUGGAAUGGUAUACAUGAAAUCUCCUUACUACGUUUUCAGUACUGUUCAGAUUGUGAAGGAUAGAACUACUUUUAUUUAUUUUAUUUAAAAAAAAAAAAAAUGACUUAACUCUACUUUUGUAAUUGCCUUCUGUAGCUGAAUUCCCACACACACUUUUGACAUUGUAGGUCUCAGUAGCUCUAACUUUGUUUUCCCCUCCCUCCAGUUAAGCAACGGCUUGAAUUACAAUCUGGUAAUUGUGAAAGGGAUACUAUAGUGUUAGAAUACAAACUUGUAUUCCGAACACUAUAGCUCCCUCUGCAUCCACCCUCCCUUGCGCCUACUGCCUAUAUUUUCUUACCCAGUCCCAGCGGCCAUGUCCCUUGCUGUUUUACUGCCUUCGGCGUGUUGCUGCAAUGCUUUCCUAUGCGGUUUUAAGUGAUGCUGGAUGUCCUCAUGCAGAGCUUAGCAAGCCAGAAGCUCCUCUAGAGGCUGUCUUAGUGCUGCAGUUAGCUCUGACCAGCUCCUUCUGCUAGUGGUCCAAGACUUCUUGAUUAAGCAUCACCUGAAGCCUCAGCCUGUCACUAGCUCCCCAUUCAUAAUGCUGUGUGGAAAAAGACACUAACUGAAUUGUGGUUGGUUACUAAAGCAUUCAAUAUAAUUUCAUGUGCUUUAUAGUGCCCAAAAAAACCUUCUGUUACCCCUGACCAUAUACAAUUUCAAUGCACUAUUUUUCCUGUUUUGAGUAAAUGUUCAAACCAAAUAAUUAAAAAUAAAUCUCAAGGAAGACACGUGGUUUGACAUGGAAUCUGUUAUCUUAAGUGUUUUUAACCAGUCCAGUAUUUUCUAGGUAUAUCAAUGCUCCAGGAAGCUUAUUUCUCGUGAGACUGAGAACCAUACAAGUACCUGGUACACCUUUCUUGUUUUGAUCACUCAAUCUACAGGCAGAAGAAGAUACCAAUGUUAACCACUUCUAUAGGUAGCUGAUAUCGCCCAGGGAAUCAAAAGUAUAAAUGUUGAAUGCGGCUCAGUCGCCACACUAAAAAUUCACGUACGUGUGUAUGUAUGAAAUACUCAUAUUGUCUGUAUUGGAAUUUCAUUGUAUAGUCAAAACUUAGAAGACAAAGUAGGCUUGAGGAGAAAAACCUCAAAGUCUUGACAAGUCUUAUCGUAACUUGGCUGGCUGAGCACAAAGAGGUAUAAUGUAUUACACUUAGUUUUGUUUCUUUGAGACUACUUACAAUAUGUUAAGAGACCUAAACCCUAUUGAGGAGUGUUGAAAUAAUUGUAGCUGAUGGUUUAAUACUACCAUCCUAUUGCUCAGGAGCACAACCUAGAAAUACUGAUUUAUAACCAAGAUUACAGCUUUCAUAAGUUUUCCUCCUUCUGUGAUUAUAAUUAUAUUUAUAUAGCGCCAUUAAAUUCCAUAGCACUGAUUGUUCGAGGACCUAAAAGGUUUUAGUAGCUCAGGCAAUGUUUCCCCCCCUAAUAUCCAAUACCAGACUGUAUGUGCUUAAACCUUUUAAUUUUUUUUUUUUUUUUUUUAUAAAGCUUAAAACUACUUGUUUAUAUUCUGUUUUGGAGGCUUUUUUUUUUUUUUCACAAUGAUUGAAUAUCCCAGCAGAGAUUAAGAAAAUUUGAGGCUUUCUUUAAUUUCUUGGUUUUUGGUUUUAUCUUGGAAUACUGGCUUCUCUCAUGGCCAUCUAGGAUCUGGGUACCUCUGUCUUUUAAAUACCGUUUGAUUUUUGUGAGACAUCCUGACACAUUUGCAUUAUAAAGAGCCUUUUUGAUGGGGUUUAAAUCUAGUUGAAAAGGCACUUUAACCUUUUAACCCAUCGAAGAGGCAUUUGUACAAAUGAUUGCAUGUGCAUUUUAUGUUGAAAUUGUCCCCAUCACUGGGAUCCUUUUUAACUGAUUAACCAAGCACAUGAGUGACUAGGCAGCACUUAGUAAAUGUACUUUCCCACUUUUGCUAUGAACUACUUUGCCUAAUAAUUUUUUACCAAAGAGCUUGAACAAAUAGUUUUGUAGGGUCCCCCCUCCCCAUAACCAUUUUACAGAAUUGCAAAGAACAUGCAUUAAAAUACAUAUGUAAGACUCUCCUUUUGCCUCCCUCCUCUGAUAGACCAUCAAUGACUUCUGCUAAAAUCUCUCGGCAACUCACUUGUUUUAUAGCUUUUGUUGCAUGGCAGCUCUCGUGAAUACAUAUAAUACAAUUUUUAAAAGUGCCAAUUUCGAGGCAGAGCAGACACCUCUACCAUAUUGUUUACCUUUAAAACUUGCUGGAAGUAGGGCUGGUGUGAAUUCAUAUUCUUUAUGGCAAUAGGGACACCAUUUCUUCUACCCUGUACAUGUGGUUUUAAAAACAAAAUCUGCACUACUUGUAAUGGUCUGGGUGACUAUACAACAUGUCUGGGCUA